AUGGUACAGGGAAAGAAGCUCUCUUUAAUUGGUGUGCAGUGCUCUAUAGCACCUGCUGGAGGACAGGAGUUGGAAAAGGUUGUGUUCAGGGUGCGAGGAAUCUUUAAAGGGUCCCCGCUACAGGCACAGUUAGCCAAGCUGCAGAGGCAGUUACGCGUCAUGGAGGCUGAUCGGCAGACCUACAGAAUCCAGUCACAGGAACUUAUUCGCAGACAAAGGCUGGAGAUAGAGAAGCUGUGCAAGGAAUAUGAGGAGGUGCAGAAAAGCCUGCAUGCAGCCGAGAACCGGUCGUGCAAGCAGACCGACACCCGAGACACCCGGCAGAUCCGAGCUCUCCUGGACCGCUGCAACGAGCUCAACAAGCAGCUGCAGAGAGACCAGCUCAGUCAAGCAGAGCGAGAGCGAGAGAUACAGAGUAUGCAGAAGAGACUGGACGGUCUGAGAAAAUUACACACCCUUCCCCAUCAUAAGUUUCAAGCUCGCUACUGCCAAAAGGUCACUCGUACUCUGGAAAAUAAACUGAACCUGGCUCUCAUUCACUUCAACCAGCAGCUCGUGAAAAACAACCAGCUGAGAAAGGAGCUGGAGAUACUGCGCACGGACCAUGGCCAAUUCCAGCUGCUGAAACACAAACUGGAAAAGGUGCUUCAGGAAAUCCAUCGGGAGAUCGCUGAUGUCGGCUUGUCAACUGAAGCUUAUGAUGCCAGACACGAAGCCCAGAUGAGGUUGACGACGAUGAAGGAGAAGGCGGAGAAGGAGCUGGCGCAGUGCAGUGCUGAGAUGAAGGAGCUGGAGAGGCAGGUUGCACACGACCAGCGCCUUAAAGACUUCAUGAGUACCAAAUCCACCGAGAGGUCGAACCUGGAAGACUCGCUCAGCUACAGAUACGAAAUGAAGAAGCAGCGGAGGCCCAAUUUGGAGCCGGAAACAGUGGAGACUCAAGAGGAAGUUUUCAAGAGGCUCCAGAAGAUGACCGGAGAGGACGAUUUAGAAAUGCUCAUCACCAAAUUUAUCCAGGAUGAAGACAAGAACUUUGCUCUUUUUAAUUACGUGAACGAGCAAAACACACAGGCUGAGGCUUUGAAAGCUGAAAUCAAUAAGAUCGCAGACGAGAUGGAGAGCUUCCAGAUGGAGGCUCUGCAGCAGGAGCAGGAGCAUCACACCGCCCUCAGUCAGAUGGAGGAGCAGCGGAGAGACGCUGAAGCUCAGGCCCUGGAGUACGAGGCCCAGGCUAAAGAACUAACCAUCAUCCUGGAUCAGCUUAAAGCAGGAGUGAGUGCUGUGUUUGAUAAGCUCAGUUGCGACCGUGCAGCAGUGGACGAUUUCCUCGGUGCUUCAGCUGAAAUCACAGACUCCAACAUCAUGACAUACCUGAGGCUGGUGGAGAAGAAAACCAACGAGCUGCUGACCAUGCAGGCUUUCAUCAAAUCUAGGGAUGAGGAGAAGGAAUACGAUCUGAAAUUGGUGGGUCCAAUGCUGCUCGGACAAAGUAUAGAUAUACAGAAACAAGCUCCUGUCAUGCAGCCUGCUGUUUUAUGGGAUGACCAUGAUGCACACGAGUUGGCAAUCCCGCAUGAGGACGAACGACCUUUGACUAAGGAAGAAAUCCACCAGGGCGUGAUGAUGAAGGUAAGGACAUGUGUUUCAAUGCAGAUUCUUCAAAAGGACAAAGCAUUGCAUGCUGGGAUGAGCAAAGAGGCCAGGUCUGCGAAAGUCAGCGCUCUUUCCAGUCACAGAGAGGACACGCCCGAGCCCGCCCUCUGA